AUGCCAAAAGACUCAGAUGCCUGGCUGCAAAGCCUAGACGAAUUCAAGGCCUUGCAAAAUUACGAGAAGCAAAAGAAGCAAGGAAAGAACGCCUUCGAAAAAGCAGAAAGAACCGUCCGCGGUGACUGGAAGCCCCGACAAAAAGGCCGUGGUGAUUGGAUUUGUCCUCGGCAUGAGUGUGGAAACAUCAACUUUGGCUACAGAGACGAAUGCAACUUGUGCUCGGAGCCGCGGCCCAAGUCGAAUUUCUUCAAUAUCAAAGGUCGAUUCGUCCGUCCCAGCGAUACCGGCGGCGAAAUCGGCGAAGAAGCCUCGACCAAGUCAGGCGGGUUGUUUUCAGCGGACGAUUGGAUCUGCCGCUGUGGAAAUAUCAACUGGGCGAAGAGAAAUGCCUGUCACGAGUGUGGACGAUCUCGUGUCGAGCUUGCGCCGCGACUGGGAUCAAGAAUGGCGGAUUCUGAAGGAAAAGCGAUCAAGAAUGAAAUGCUCUUCCGCGCGGGCGACACGGACAUCAACCGACUUGCGCCAGAAGAAUUCGCCAGAGUUGGACUUGGAAAAUUCGCAAAGACGGAUCCGAAUAUGAUCUAUGGUGGCGGCUCCAUGGCCGGUUCGGAUAGAUUGAUGCUGCCAGAUGCUUCUGAAACGAAAAAGUUUAAUAUGAUGAUGUCCAAGUCACGCGGCUCGAGAGGCGACAUGAAAAUGCCUGGCUUCCACGGACUCCGAUACCCGGGUUGGGAAGAGGAAGAAGAAGACUUUGGCGAAGAGGCGAAAAAAGAGAUCGAAGAAGAAGAUGAAAUUCUCGACAAAUCUGAAAUGGAUGAAAACAAAAAGAUGCGUGAUGCUCUUUCUCGGGCGCAGAAAGAAGAGGAACUCAAAGAAUUGAAAUACAAGGCGGAGAGAAAAGCUGCGGCGAUGGGGAUUCUCUGGUACGAGUGCUGGGAAAACCCGAUGGUCGAACAACGCGAAUUCGAUAGGGACGACCUAGAGAAAUCAAACGAAAACUACAUGGGCAGAGCUCUUCCGGAACGAGCGGUUCGGAACUACGACGGUGAAUCAUCGGACGACGAAGAAGAAGAAGAGCAAAAGAAGCCCUGGGACUUCAAAAUCCCUCUCGCCAAACACCAAAUCGAUGAACGACCAGAAGAAGUCCAAGAGCACGAAUUCUUCAAUCUUCUCGACGAGAAAGAAAGAAAGCGACUUCUCGAAAAGAAACUUGAGAAGAAUAUGAAAAAGAUUCAAAAGCAAUUGGCGAAAGAAAAAGCCCGAAACGAAGAAAAGAAGAAAGAAAUGGAGCAAAAAAAAAUUAAAAAAGAAGAAAAGAAAGCCGAGCGAGAUAGAUUAAUCGCUCUGGGAGUACUUGAUCCAAACAGCGAGGUCAAAACUGAACCCGCAGAUGACUCAGCAGCUGCUUCAACCGCUCCAACUGACGAUUCUGAAGAUGUCAAGCCGAAGAUCAAAAAGAGCCCGAAUCCGACGAUGAAGAUGUCGACGGUGUUGAUAUGGGACACGCAAAAGCUGACGUCAAUGAGGCACCAGUUUAUUCCCGGCGGACUAAAAGAACCUGAGCAGCGUGAACAGGUCAAAAUCGGGCUGAACUUCGGCGGGAGCAAAGUUGUCAAGCGCAACACGGUUAAAAAAGCGUUCACGAUCAAGCAGAAGAGAAAAAUUUUCAGCAUGGCAAAGUGGGGCGAAGGAGAUCCCAGAUGGAUCGUCGAGGAGCGAGCUGAUUCACACAAUGUCAACAACUGGCAUUGGAAAGAAGUCGAUCUCAAAGUCAACGGCGAAUCCAUGGCCAGCAAUCGCAAGAACAAGCUCAUCGCAUACUGGGACUACACUUUGGAGAUAAAAUUCAAGCUGAAACACAAAGGCAACGAAGUCGAAUCAAAGGGGACGAUAAAAUGUCCUAACUUUAGCCAAGAAAACGACCCGGACGAGUGGGAUCUCUCCUCUACCAAGUAUGACAAAGAUGAGCACUACGAUGCGGAAGGGUUGAAGUUUAUCAAGGCAAAGGGACACUCGUUAAUAAGAGACAAAUUGGAGAUAUACGGAAAACUUCUUCGGGACGACUUUGCUAAGAGCGUCUGCCAAGUCGCAUCCAACAACGGCCCGGAAAAGAAAGCUAACGCUCAGCAAAUCACUACGAAUAUGAAAAAGGUCGAGAUCAACAAGCCUGUCGAAGCGAAGAAGACAACGACGACAACAACGUCUGGCUCACAAAUAAAAACAAAGAAGCUUGUACUGAAGGAGACGUUUAUGUGCGCGGUCCCUGAAGUUUAUAAUGUCUUCAUCGAUAAACAAAGAGUCAGUGCUUGGACCCGUGGUGCUAUGCAGUCGUAUAAUCCGGAUAAAAAUGGCGAGUUCGUUCUCUUCGGCGGCAUCGUCACUGGAACUUUCGUCGAGCUCGAGCAGGACAAGAAAAUCGUGAUGAAGUGGAGACUCCGACACUGGCCCGCCGCGCACUUCUCAACUGCCUCGAUGGUGUUCGAGCAAACUGAUAAAGGUGCUAAAAUGACGCUCGAGCAAUCUGGUGUUCCCGAAAGUGAUAUUGAAAGAACGAAACAGGAACAGUUCAAAAUUCAAGCAAAAAAACCAAUCGUUUUUUCUUGUCUGGACAAGUUUUGA